AUGGAAGAUGUUCAGGCUCCAGUGACAUCACCUAUUGACUCUGAUGGAAACCGAAGUGAAGCAACUCUUUUGGACUUAUGCGAGAAAGUUCUGUCUCUUGAAAAGAGCAUUUGUGAUGAAGCUUUAAAGCUGUUUACAGAAACCAAACGGAUUUUGUCACCAAACAUUGGAUGUAGAACGGGGGAGAGUUUCUGGUUUGCCUCCAUUCUCUAUUCAGUAAAGAUGCUUUCUCUGAGAAAACAAGAUUCAGUGUCUGGUGAUAAUGGGUUUAAUCUGUGUCAGAUACUGAGGGCUCUAAAACUCAAUAUUGUGGAUUUCUUUAGAGAGUUACCUCAGUUUAUUGUCAAGGCUGGUCCUGUGCUUUCUGAAAUUUAUGGUGCAGACUGGGAGAGCAGACUUCAGGCAAAGGAGCUGCAGGCGGAUGUUGUGCAUCUUAGCCUUCUAAGCAGUUUCUACAAACGUGGGUACCGGGAGUUCUUCUUGACAUACGAUGCAAACGCAGAAAAGACCUCCGCAAACUCUGCUAGUUAUUUGCCGGAUAGUUACCGUUUUGGAUGGUUACUCUUUUUGGCACUCCGAAACCACGCUUUUAGUCGAUUUAAAGACCUUGUGACAUGCACCAAUGGCCUAGUUUCUAUACUGGCUAUUUUGAUCAUACACGUCCCUUGUCGGUUUAGAAAUUUCAACAUCCAAGACUCUUCACGCUUUGUUAAGAAACAUGACAAAGAUGUAGACUUGAUUGCAUCGCUUUGCAAGAUAUAUGAUGCCUCUGAAGAUGAGCUGAGGGCAACAAUGGACAAGGUAAAUAAUUUGAUAGAAACAAUAUUGAAGAAGAAGCCAUCUUCUGCAUCCGCAUGCGAAACUGACAAGCUACAUAAUAUUGACCCAGAUGGUCUGACCUACUUUGAGGAUUUACUGGAUGAAACAUCCAUCUCAACUAGCUUGAUCACACUAGAAAAAUAUUACACUGAUGCAGUUUGUAGUAAAGGCGACCUUGAUGAGAGGGUCUUCAUCAAUGAAGAGGACAGCUUGCUUGGAUCUGGAAGCUUAUCUGCAGGAGCUGUUAAUAUUACUGGCGUUAAGAGGAAAAUUGAUUUUUUGAGCUCACCUGCGAGGACAUUCAUAAGUCCACUCUCUCCACAUAAGUCACCUGCUGCUAAGAAGAAUUGUAUUGGCGGUGCUAACAGGUCAGCAACACCAGUGAGCACAGCAAUGACAACUGCCAAAUGGCUCAGGACUGUUAUAUGUCCGCUUCCCCCCAAACCUUCCCUUGGGUUGGAACAUUUCCUGAAAUCAUGUGAUAGGGAUAUAACAAGCGAUGUCACACGAAGAGCACAUGUAAUUUUAGAAUCCAUUUUUCCAAAUAGUUCCCUUGGUGGCCUAUGUGCAGGCGGAAGUUUGCAACCUGUUAAACUUAUGGAUGAUGUAUGGGCAAAAGAGCGGAGAUCAGAAGCUAUCAAGCUAUACUACAGAGUUCUUGAGGCAAUGUGUAGAGCAGAAGCUCAGAUUUUACAUGCAACCAACUUAAACUCGUUACUGACAAAUGAGAGGUUCAAUAGAUGCAUGCUGGCGUGUUCAGCUGAAUUGGUUCUAGCUACCCACAAAAGCAUAACAAUGUUGUUCCCAGCUGUUCUGGAGAGGACUGGGAUCACAGCCUUUGAUCUCUGCAAGGUUAUCGAGAGUUUCAUCAGAUUUGAGGAUUCUCUUCCUAGAGAGUUGAGAAGGCAUCUGAACUCACUGGAGGAACGGCUGCUCGAGAGUAUGGUAUGGGAGAAAGGCUCUUCAAUGUACAACUUCCUGAUUGUUGCCAAGCCAUCGCUUGCACUGGAGAUAAAUCAGCUCAGAUUACUAGCUGAACCGAUGCCAUCUCUGGAUGCAAUUGCAGCGCAUAUUAACUUCUCUGAAGGACUUAAUCAUGCCUCAUCUAUCCAAAUGCAUGAAACAUGUGCAGGACAAAAUGGGGAUAUUAGAUCGCCCAAACGACAGUGUACUGAUUACAACAGCAUUCUAGUUGAACGCAAUUCCUUUACAUCACCAGUAAAGGAUCGUCUCUUGGCCUUUGGCAACGUUAAAUCCAAGAUGGCACCACCUCCAUUGCAGUCUGCAUUUGCUAGUCCAACACGGCCUAACCCAGGAGGUGGAGGAGAAACUUGUGCAGAAAGUGGUAUCAAUAUAUUCUUCACUAAGAUUAACAAAUUGGCUGCUGUCAGAAUCAACGGAAUGGUGGAAAGACUACAACUUCCUCAGCAAAUAAGGGAGAGUGUUUAUCGUCUCUUUCAACAUGUACUUGCUCAGCGGACUUCUCUUUUAUUUAACCGACAUAUUGACCAAAUCAUUCUCUGCUGCUUUUACGGAGUGGCCAAGAUAUCCCAAAUGAGCCUGACGUUCAGGGAAAUCAUAUACAACUAUCGGAAGCAACCACAUUUUAAACCACUAGUUUUUCAGAGCGUUUAUGUGGAUUCGUUAUAUUGUCGCCGUCAAGGGAGAGUAGGGCCAGAUUAUGUUGACAUCAUCACAUUCUACAACGACAUAUUUAUUCCCGCCGCAAAGCCGUUGCUGAAUGAGAUAGUCACUGUGAGAAACGAGAAAGCUGUGGAGGCUAAUAAUAAGCCUGAAGGUCAUUGUCCUGGAUUGCCAAAGGUGUCAGUGUUUCCAAGUGUUCCAGACAUGUCCCCUAAAAAAGUAUCCGCAGUGCACAAUGUUUAUGUUUCUCCGCUUAGGGCAUCAAAGAUGGAUGCUCUUAUUUCACACAGUUCGAAGAGUUCAUAUGCUUGUGUUGGAGAGAGCACACGUCCUUACCAGAGCCCUUCAAAAGACCUAUCUGCCAUCAACAACCGGUUGAACAACAGCAGCAACAGCAACCGGAAGAGGACGCUUAACUUUGACGUAGUAGCAGGACUGAUCAGCGAUUCCAUGGUAGGAAACAGCCUUAGCCUCCAAAAUCAAAACCAAAAUGGAAGCCAUGCACCGUCUUCAGGUGGUACACCACUCAAAACCGAGCCACUACAUUCAUAGAUCAUCUUUCUCUCUAUCUGCUAUUGCUAUCAUUUGUAAAUCUUACCUAGAGAGUUCGUUUUUAUGUUUUAGCUUCUAGACAUCACGUCAGGCUGAGUCGAUAGACCCCAUUUAUUGUCUCUCUUUCUAAUUUAUAAUCAUUAAUAAAUAUCCUUUU